AUGAGGCUCAAAGCUCGACAAAAGCCGGCAAAUAUAUCAUCCGACGACUUUUUGCGCCGCUCCUUUCACGCAGCGGUCGUCACGAAAACUCACUUGUAUAUAGAUGGUGGCCACUUUGGCUACCUGGAGAAUGGCAUUUCAAAAUCCAUCGAGAAGCCACCGGGUGCGCCAACGUAUCUCGGUGGAGCAUUAUCAUACUACGCCCCAGGAGAUGUCAUCUAUUCAGGUAUUGGAGGGAGGUCUGACGACUUCGAUAACAGUUAUAGACCUCAGAAUCCUACCCCGCCAGCUUUAUGGUCUUUAAAGCCGGACGACGACGGUGGCGGGACAUGGUCUCGAGUACUAGACUCGAGCUCGCCUGCAUUGAAAAGUCUGAGCAGGCCAGUGGAUGCUGCAGUCGCCGCAGGUCCAAAGCAGGCUUGGUUCCUUGGAGGCGUUGGUCUCGAUACCCAUACCUUAGGAGGAAUGCUACAGUUUGACAUGGACACUCGACAAUUCAGCAACAUCACCAAAUCACCAUUUGACGAUAUUUGGCGUGGCAAAUUAGAGUAUAUUUCUGUCUACGGUACAGAAGGAAUACUAGUUGCUUUCUCUGGCGCAAAGCCAUCUGGGUUAAUCGAUUUCAUCUCUGUAGAAGUUUUUGACAUAACAACGCAAGAAUGGUAUAACCAGACGACGACGGGGAACCCGCCUUUGCCCAGAAAAGAUCACUGUGUAGCAGGCAUUGCGUCGAGCGAGCAGACUUACGAAAUCUUCGUCUACGGAGGUUAUGGCGGAAAGCAAGGUAGCGGACAAACGGCAUACGAUACUAUUUCCAUUCUUACUCUACCAGCUUUCCAAUGGAUUUCAGUCCCCUAUGUCGCGCAAAGCCCCCGCUUCGGCCAUUCUUGUCAUCAUGUCGGUGGCAGCCAGAUUCUAGUGGUAGGUGGGGGUGACCCGUCAAUAGAGGUGAGCUCGGACCAAUCGUCAGAUAUGUAUCAAGGGGACAUAAGAAGCGAGGACCCCAACAGGCAAGGUCUUGGUGUAUUUGAAAUGUCAAGCUUGAUGUGGAAUGAUCAUUAUGACGCCUCGACACCGGCUUACACACAGGCUGUCAGCGUCAAGAACUAUUAUGAUGGCGCUGGGGAUUCCUACAAAGCAGGCCUUAGUCUAUCAGUCUCGUCGCUAAUGCAAGACGCACACUUUUCCCCAUCUACCACAACAUCAAUUCCAAUUACCCCCACCGGAGCCACACAACCCCCUAAGCCCAACAAUCAAUCGAGAAAGAAGGGCGCCGUAGCAAGCGCCGCCAUAGGCGGCAUCGUAGCGCUCCUUCUCAUUCUAGGCCUCAGUAUCUUUCUGAGUCGGCUGCGGCGGCGUAAAAGGACAAGUCAGGUGCAAAAGCUGCUGACAUCUGAGAUGGAAAAUGUGCAGAAACAGGCAUCAGGCUCUUACGAGUUGCAUAAUCAGCAUCUGCCCAACGAGACAGAUGGUAACGCAAUCCAUGAAGCGGCUUCUGUGCAUAGACCAACGCUUGUGGAGAUAGGGUGA